AUGGUAUCUUGUGGAGUUGGCGGUCGUGUAAAAGGAGCAGGUGUUGUUAGUUCUGGCAAACCUUGUUUAGCUACAGAGGCUAUCGUUCGCAUUACGGUGGUGGCGGCGGUUGGUCCUGAAUUGGAGGUGGUUUUUAAUGAAGGAAAUGUAGAGCCCAAAUCAAUUACUGACGAGUACGAACAAGGAACUUAUAUAUAUUUUGAUUAUGAAGGAGCUUGGUGUCAACGUAAAAAAACAGAGUUUAGGUUUGAAUAUCGAUUCUUGGAAGAUGCUGAAUUGAUGUGA